GGGUUCGUGAAAGAGGAGGAUAAGGUGCGGUGGUGACUUUUCUACCUUUCUAGGGGUUUUGUUUUUUGGGAAAAUGGGAUCGAAUCUUGAAGGCAAAGAGGCCAUGGCCCAUCUGUCCGACCCGGAUCCGGAAACCAACCGGGGCAUGCUCCUGAAAGAAGAAGACGACGACCCAAAGAAGCAACAGGAAGUCGGGUUUUUGCAGCCGAUGACGAGUUCAGUCACGGCUCCGAAGAGACCGUCAAAGGACCGUCACACGAAAGUAGAGGGACGUGGUCGGAGGAUCCGAAUGCCCGCCGGUUGCGCUGCUCGGAUCUUUCAGUUGACCCGUGAGCUCGGUCACAAAUCCGACGGAGAAACCAUUCGGUGGUUACUAGAACGGUCUGAACCGGCGAUUAUCGAAGCAACCGGAACCGGAACCAUACCGGCGAUUGCUGUAUCGGUCAACGGUGCUCUAAAGAUCCCGACCGACUCUACGCCGCAGUUUGAGAGUGACGGUGGCUCCGGGAAACGGAGGAGGAGAAACUGCACGAGUGAGUUCGUGGACAUCAACCGCCAAGACAGCUCCGUUACUUCUGGCCUAGCUCCGAUAACGGCGUCGAGUUACGGCGUUAACCUAAUGAACGUUAAUGCGCAGAAUUUCGUGCCGUUUUGGCAAACUGGGUUCGUUACUGGUGGGCCGAAUCAAAUGGGUCAUAUGUGGGCCAUACCCACCGUUGCUGCUCCAUCGUUUCUGAACGGUGGUACUACUAGACCAGUCCCUAGUUAUGUCUCAAACACUUCGGAAGCUGAGCCACAGAUGGGAACAAGCGGUGGUGGCGAUGACGGCACUACUCAAACGCUGAGGGAUUUUUCGCUGGAGACUUAUGAUAAAAAGGAGCUUCAGUUUUUGGGUUGCUCAGGGGACAACACAUCUCCGUCUUCAUGUCGCGGGACUUAGGAAAGUUAUAGUUGUUUGUCUCGUUCUUAGGGCAGUUUGAUUCUUCCUGGUUGACCAAAAGGCGUGUAAUGGAGUUGGUAGAACGACUUUAAUUAGGUAUUUAUUUAAGUCACUAAGAUUCUUUUGCGUGGAAUGACAGAUUGAUAUGAUAUACUCACGGGAGAGAGGCACGUGUUUCAAGGAGCCUGCACGAAUUUGUUUCAUUAUUCGUGAAUUUGUUUCAUUAUUCGUCUUUGGCUUCUCGUCAUGACACGUUAAGUCUCAUUAGCUCUACAGGAGACCCGGUCACAAAACUAUUCUAUACACUUACCCCCAGAGGCUACAAAUGGUGCAUUCCAAAAUCGACAUAAAACCAUUAAACACCAACUGAAAAAAUCAACGUCAAUCUUCCUUUUUACAAACAAUUUGUCUUCGGCAUAUGGAGCAUAUUUU